CGCGAGUGUCGUGCGCAACAUGGCGGCGCCCAGCGAGGCUGAGGACGCCGGCGGCCGGUGAGAAGCUCCGGCCGUCGGUGAAGCUUUGUGCGGCCCGAGCGCGCAGCGUGCGGUCCCUCCGCUCCGUGUUCCCCGCGCUCAGGUCUCGCGCGGUCGUCCUCCCAGGCCCCCGCGCGAUGUGGAGGAGCUGCCUCCGGCUGCGGGGCGGGGGUCGCCACCUCCUGAACUGCCCCCGGGGUGGCCUCACCGCCUCCGAGGGGCCGGGGCCAAAACCCCCGGCCCGCGCCCGGGCCUACGCGCCGCCGGCAGAAAGGAAGAGGUUCUAUCAGAAUGUCAGCAUCACACAGGGUGAAGAUGGCUUUGAGAUCAAUCUGGACCACAGGAAGCUGAGGACUCCCCAAGCCAAGCUCUUCACCGUCCCCAGCGAGGCCCUGGCCGUCGCUGUGGCCACUGAGUGGGACUCCCAGCAGGACACCAUCAAGGCGUACACCAUGCACCUGACCACACUGUGCAACACGUCUCUAGACAACCCGACCCAGCGAGGCAAGGACCAGCUCAUCCAGGCAGCCGCAAAGUUCCUGGACACUGACACCGUCUGGCCGCCUGCUCGUCACUUGUCCGCUGGGUCACGGAUGGCCCGACCUUGGCAUCCAGCAGCUGGCCUCCUCGUCUGCAUCCUCCCUGCGCCCGGGUUCUUUAGCGGCUACAGGGUGGAAGAACCAGAGACGCUGGUGGAGCUGCAGAGGAACGAGUGGGACCCGGUCAUAGGCUGGGCCGAGAGGAGAUACGGCAUGAAGAUCGGCUCCUCCACCAGCAUCCUGGGGCCCAGCAUCCCAGCCCGGACUCGGGAGGUGCUGGUCAGCCACCUGGCCUCUUACAACACGUGGGCCCUACAAGGGAUUGAGUUUGUGGUGAGCCAGCUCAAGUCCAUGGUGCUGACCUUGGGCCUGAUCGACCUGCACCUGACGGUGGAGCAGGCCGUGCUGCUGUCGCGCCUGGAGGAGGCGUUCCAGAUCCAGAAGUGGGGCAACGUCGAGUGGGCCCACGACUACGAGGUGCAGGACCUGCGGGCGCGCACGGCCGCUGGCGCCCUCUUCGUGCACCUCUGCUCCGAGAGCUCGGCCGUCAAGCACAAGCUGCUGCAGGGGUGAGGGCAGGCCCCAAGCCACGCACCUGGUGGAGGCCAUCUUGGGCCGAGGUAGGGGCAUGGGUACGAGUGAUUGUAUUGAAUGACUCUUCGCCUCAAAGCGCAUGGAGCCUCCACUCAUUGCUCCGGUCACCUCUGGGUCCCCGAGGCCACCCUGCCUACCCACAGGGCACGUGCUGCUGGGCCGGACCCUCCCACUGGGGAGCUUUCAGUGGCCCUCAGCCCCAAGGCUUUUGUUUUCCGGUUUUUAAUCAAACAGUCUUUUAAAAAUGAGUCCCUCUUGGUCCGAGCCAUCUGUUUCUGUUUGUUUGUUCCUACUGUUUUAGCAAAAAUGAUUUACUCUUAAAAAUAGAAAGUAGGGUUUCCCUGGUGGCGCAGUGGUUACGAAUCCGCCAGGAGACACGGGUUCGAGCCCUGGUCCGGGAAGAUCCCACAUGCCGCGGAGCAACUAAGCCCGUGCGCCACAACUACUGAGCCUGCGCUCUAGAGCCCGAGAGCCACAACUACUGAGCCCACGUGCCACAACUACUGAGCCCUCGCGCCUAGAGCCCAUGCUCCGCAACAAGAGAAGCCACGGCAAUGAGAAGCCCGCGCACCGCAACGAAGAGUAGCCCCUGCUCGCCGCAACUAGAGAAAGCCCGCACACAGCAUUGAAGACCCAACGCAGCCAAAAAUAAAUAUAAAUAAAUUUUAAAAUAUAUAUUUAAAAAAAUAGA